AGGGUGGUGAGAGUCUGGAGCAAACUUCGGCAUUCCAAGGAACCAAAAUGGGUAAACCACGCCGUUAUGGCGAUGAACGGUGGUAGCCUGGAGGAUUGCUACUCCAACGUCUAUGCUUUGACCGAAUUGAAUGGUUUGAAAUGGCGGUGUUUCCUGACGCCAUCCAAUUCUCCUCGUGGGAUUCCCAUUCAGAGCGAUCCAAUUCUGAAGGCGUAUGGAAAGUGCUUGCGGGAUGGCUUGCUCUGUACUUGGCGGAGAAAGCCGCUACAAAUGUCAACACAACCUGAACCGCUUCCGCUUCCAUCUUUCACAAAUGAGAUCUUAUUAAUUGACGAGUGUUUAUUAGGCUCUGCGGCAAACGGAAUUAACUAUGAGGUUCGUGUUUUGUUCUUCCAAGCUCUACACACCAUGAUCGAGCGAAGUAUGGCCCACGACGGAUUUGUCCGCUUUGGGAGAUGGUUCACUCGUCCUCUUCGAGAGCCUCUUUUUGGUCUACAACGUCUGCUUCCUCGGUACUUUUUUGUUCAUGGAGGAAAUACUGUGUGUAUGACUGUGAAUGCUCAGCGACAGCCUCCGCUCUUACGUCUCUGCAGACGGUACAUUGUGGAUUUUGACACAAUUCUUGACCUCCAUUUCGACUCUGUCUUUGAUGCGUGUCCGAUAUGUUCCUGUAAUACGUCUAUACGAGCAAGGGAACUUGGACUGUAUAUAACUCCUCCGGAUGUACUUCGAAUGCCAGCACAUCUUCAACAGGCUCAGAUUGGUUCUUGGAGUGGGUUUGCUUUGGAACAAGCAAAUGUGUGUACUUGUGGAUUCAGUGCUGUUCGACAUCGGUAUCUCUCUCUGUGUUCUGGAUUGUUUCCUGAAGAUUCCCGGGAAGCAACUGCUAUAGAACAUUCUGUGGCUCCCGUCAAUGGGUUAGGUGCAGAAGUUGGCCUACAAGCCAGUAGUCAGAUAUGGUUAGCUCAAGAAGUUAGCUUCGAUGCCUCAAGUAACUCAGAGUACGUUCUAUCACAAGUAGACGCCACUGAGCUCAUUGCGCUUAGUAUCCUCACACCUGGUAACCGAUCGCGGAAUACCAACCAGCCCAUUCUGCAGUUUUUCCAUCCAUGGGGUUUGCAAGUAAUAAAUCCUAGAGAAGCUGAGUGGCGAGGUUUGCUCUGUGAUAUCGGCCCUAUCCUAGAACGGGCUCUUCAACCAAAAGCAUGUACACCAAUCCACGAUGAUGAUAUCAGCUCACCAGAGCCAAUUCCCUACAUCAAUGUUGCAGCUGAAAAAGAUGCUAUUAGAGCAGCUCCACAUGUUGUUCGCCACUGGGAACACCUUUCUCUUGGACCAAUCGACCAGCCUAAAGAUGUGCUUUAUCUCGCAGUUGUUCCUGAUAUUUAUGGUGUCAUUGUCCACUUACGAUGCAAGAUUUUAUAUCUUAGGAUGUACGAACGAAUGCGAUUUGGUAGGCAUAUUGCUUGGCCCACAGGCGUUGAUGGGCGCGAUGGCUGUGUUCGUGUAGGGUGUCGAACGCAGAGUGGCAAAUAUCCAACUGAAACUACCACACUUGAUUUCCUCAAUCUUGUCGAGUUUUUUAUGAAUUUUCAGCACUGUAGUCAAUUUGCAUUACAGCUUUUUACUCAACAAAUGGAAGAGAACGUGCUCCAGUUGGUGACUGAACGUGAUGAUCUCUUCGAGAGAGCGACUUUCCGAGAAACUCUAGCAUUGGACUGGCGUGCGAAAAGAGCAUCUGUGGCUGCCGUUGCGCUAGCCGUGGAGCAGCGGUUAGCAGAAAUCUACAAAUUCACACUACCUAAAUUGUUAACCUUAGAUGCAGCAGAGCAAGGUGGUUCCGUUGUUGCACCUGAGCCACUGCCUACAGAACCUCCAUUAGAACCGGAAGAUGUUCCAGUUGAUGAUCCCGGUACUCUACCUCAUGUGGUGGUUAUCUAUGUGUUCAAUCCAUUUACAUGGGGUACUGAAUUUCGAAGUGGACUAUUUACCCGAGUUGCAACAUUAGCCGUCAUGCGAGCAUUUAAUACAGUUUGCUUGAGACUACCAUCAUACAGGCGCUCUCAACUACAGCUGGAGAUAAUACCUAUGGAGCAGGUAACCGAUCUACUUGGUUGCCUCCCAGACUACACAAAUGAGAGUGGAACAUCACAAAGUUUAUUAGAGAACAUACGUUUUAAUUUGUUCUGCUGUAUUAUUCAGGCCACCGUUCUCUCCGUGUACAGUCAGCCAAGAGUGUUAACGGCCGACUGCAUUAGGAGUGUGCAAGCUCGAUGUAUGACGAGAUUUGGUCCAGGAAGUAGUUUGCUUGACUCUUUGGAUGAGUGGGAAAGAAGUGGAACAAAUGUACCAUCCAACCCUUACCAUCUAGCUCCACCACCGUUGCUUUACCAGAAAUAUGAAAACGGCAGAGUUUUACAGUCUUCUGAUGAGCAGGUGUUAUAUGUCACAUACUGUGUGGCUGGAUCAGACUGGUUGUGCGUCACCGUUACUGAUUCGCUAGGGCGACUUAACGACAACUGCUUAAUAAAUCUGCGAACUCGACAUGAUCAUCAUAUUUACAAAUACCGCCAGCAAACACAGAUUCUUGAUGCAAUGGGUCGUUUGUGGACGUACAUAUUAGGAAUUUUGUCCAUGGAAACACGCAAUUGGAGACUUGUUAUAGGUCGUCUAGGACGCAUUGGUCACGGGGAAUUCAGAGCUUGGACAUAUUUACUCAAUAAAACGGCUCUUAAGCGCCACUCUGCUCGGCUGAAAGAAGUGUGUACUGCUUGUGCUCAGAUGCCCGGUUGUACAGGAACACCCAGCAUACUGUCUGCUUGUCUCGUUUCUACAGAACCCGAGCCGUAUCUGCGCGUCUUUCCUGGCUUCACGUUUAUGGAUGAAAUGAAUUGCUUAAGCAAGAAGGCUCGCUCUGCGGCACCAGAUGACACGAGCAUUACACAUAUUAUGGUAUUUCCCACAAGUGCAGAUAUUCAGCUUGGUUCAACCGAUCAGCAUGCCGUUGGAGAGGAUGACUGGGACUUCUCUGAUAUGGAUAUACCGCAGGAUGGAAAUGACCUCGGAGAUGAUUUCCUGUCUAGUAGUAAUUUUCGCGCUGCUGGGAAUUCUUUCUUUUCAGAAAAUACUGCUGAUGUAUCAAUGGAGAAUCAACCGUUAGCAACGGGUUUUUACGUGUCCACUGCUCCUGCAGCUGAUGUACCGGAUUGGUUUUGGGCGAGUUGUCCAAGUGCAAAGAAUCGGACCCCUGUUCAUCUUAAGUCAUCACUACAUAUCAAUGUUCCUCUUGUUCAUCAGGGUGACGAGUUUUUGCAAGGAAAAGCAGCAGCUGGCGACAAGCAAGAGAAAGAAAGUGCGCAUCCUCUGGAUAGCACUCGAACGGAUGAAGUGUUAAGACAUGUACUCGAAACAUAUAACGCUCUUUCAUGGCUAAAUAUCGAUGUAGUGUCAGGAGAACGCCGAAGUUGUCUUCCUGUUCACAUGCAAGCGCUCAACCGAUUAUACCAUUCAGUAGCACGACUCAUAAUGUAG